UGUACACUAUACAUUGAAGAAGAAAAGAUGGCGCGGGUCCAAUGAUCUACAGAAACCUAAAUCUACAGUGAAACAUGAUAUUUGUUGAAAGUUAUAAUGACAGUCGACAAAAAUUCGUUUGCUGCUUUCUGGAAAACGAAUCCCGAGAAAGGCCUAGAUUACAUUGUUAGGUUAAGAGAUGUAACAGGUAUAUCUGAGGAUGGAGAACUAUGUAUGGCUCUGGAUAGAUCCAGGCAACCAUCAGGAGAAUUCAACCUUAACCGAGCAAUUGAAAUAUUAUUAGAGUGGAGUAGUGAACAGGGAGGACGGGUUGAGGAAGUAGAAGAGAAGAUGCCACCAGCUCCUGCAGUAAUCAUGAACCCAUCAGCUCUGCACUCUAAACGUCCGGUGGUUGACCUCACUGAGGACAAGGACGACCUUCGUCGAGCCAUAGAGAUGUCGUUAGCAGAGGGUAGUUCUACUAUCAGUACAGCAACAUCAUCCCGUCCUGCUGGUGUCAGUCAGGAGGACCAGGAUGUUAGUAAAGCAUUGGAAGCGUCCUUACUUGAGUCCGUUAACAGCCGGAGUUCUAUAGAGGGACAGAAUCCUAAUGAACGGAAGAGAGAGAAGGAUUGUCCUGUUGGAUUGAAGAAUGUUGGGCAGACAUGUUGGUUUAGUGCUGUUAUACAGAGCUUCUUUCAUCUACCAGCUUUCAGGCGUCUAGUUAUUCAUUUCAAACCACCCCAGAAGGACCCGAGAAAUGACAAGGAACGGAAGAUUCUAGAUUUUAUGAUUGAAUUGAGAAAACUGUUCUCCCUUCUCCUGGGGUCUCAACGCAAAUAUGUUGAUCCUAGUGCUGCUGUUGGUAUACUCCGAGGAUACCUGGGUGGUGGACAGUGUAGCUACUCAAACAACCAGCAGGACGUAUCCGAGUUUACGCACAAACUCCUAGAGUGGUUGGAGGAGGCCUUCAAGAUCAGAGAUAAGGGUAGCUCUGGUUUACUGGACGGAUUUACCAACAAGGAAUCUGAAACGGAGGCUAUGGAUGCGGAUACGGAGAAGUGUGAUAAGGAGAAGGCUGUUGGCGUAGCUCCUGAGUCGGAUAAGGUGGAAACUGCGGUGGCUAGGAGGAAUCCAAUGUUUGAUCUGUUCUAUGGUCGGGUCAGGAUAGAAGGGAAAAAUCAGGGUCUGGAGUUCUCUAGAGAGGAACAGUGUGGACAGUGGCCUCUUCAGGUUAAUCUAUUCAGUGAUAUUCACGAUAGUUUAGAGGCAAGCACGGCACACGAGUUCAUAGAUACUUCUUCUCAAUCUGACCUACACGGUGUAUCCGGGCUUCCUCCAUCUAGAAAAUCCUGGCAAGAAAGAUGGUUUACAACCCUUCCUCCGGUAUUAUUCUUAGAACUAUCCAGGUUCCAGUAUAACCAGGAGAAAGGGAUGGCGGAAAAGAUAAAUAAUUUUUUGGAUUUUCCACUUGUGAUAUAUAUGGACAGAUAUUUAGAGGUGAACAAGAACAUGACGCGGUCUAAAAGAGACGAAGUUAAAACACUGAAAGAGGAGAGAGAGAGAUUAAAGUCGUUACUCCACUCCUACUUGGAGUACGGUAAUGAUAGCAGUCCCUUGAUACCUCUAGUCAGUAUACUAAACCGUACGAUGCAAUUUGCUAGAUCAGGCGCUGAAUUAUCUCCUGGAGAGGAGGUUCUAUCCCCACGAGAGAUAUCAUCUCCUGGUAAUAAUGCAAUGCAGGUUGAUUCUCCCUGCCCCUCUCCUGUCAGUCUCACGCCAGCGUCUUCCAUGGUGAAUCUAGAUACAUGUGGCGGGAGCAUGGAGAAAUCUCCGCUAAAAACACUUCCUGACGGAUCCCUACAGAUCCCUAUUCGAAUAGAAACCCCGGAGAAGAACUCUUCAACUCCUAUGGAGAUUGAAUCUGUGGCUGAACCUGAGCUGAAGCCUGAUAUCCUGGUUCCCAAGGUGUCUGGACCUAAACCUAAACAUGUUUCUGAUCUUGAACUCAAGGUGCUCUCCUCCUGCUUAUCCAGGUGGAAACAGGAGAUAGAGGAGGAACUCUCCAGUUUAAACUCUGCCUUGAAGGAGGUUGAAGAGAAGAUCCAAACUAUUUAUGAUACUCCGACCUUGAAGAAUAAAGCUUACCAACUCCACGCUGUAAUGGUUCACGAGGGUAGUGUUAACCAAGGACACUACUGGGCCUAUGUUUAUCAUCCUGCUAAGAAGGUUUGGUUAAAGUUCAAUGAUAACAGUGUCACGGAGACUAGUUGGAAGAGUUUAAAAAAGGAGAGUGUAGGAGGACGAAUGAGCACAUCAGCGUAUAGUAUGGUGUAUAUAGAUGCAAGUAGACCUGAUCUGCUCUUGGAAUCAGAGGCCGAGGGUCUCAUCAACUCCGAAAUGAGAGAAAUUAUUCCUGAAGAUCUGGAAGAAUAUGUCCAAGAGGAUAAUAAAAGGUUUGCUGGCGAAAUACUAGACUGGGAGGAGCAGAGUGUCAGGAAAACCAAGGAGAUCGAGGAAGGAGUUCUAAUAGGAGAUGAUCCUGAAUGCCAGAUUAUCGAAACUAAACCCGAUCUAACCCUGUCUCACGCUAAACUAGUACACGAGGUGACCAGUAACUGUAUCCGUGAGAUAUCCAACCAGGAGAUGGAUAAGAAGAAAUGGUUGAACGCUGUGAUGACGGAUCUGUACCAACGUGCCAAAAAUAAAGAAGGAGACAAUAAACUUGAUUCAUUCCUACAGUAUCUGAUGAUUGUUCAAUCUCCGAAGGAUAGUGAGUUAGUGAAACGAGCACUCCUGGAGCAAAUAUUCCACCGGAGAAUAGUGGAGAGAACAGAGUUCGAACAAUUUAUUAUACGUGAAGCCGAAAAUGGUUUGCGGAGUCCGGCAAGCUUAAAGGUAGCUGAGGAGAUUUUAGCUUGGCAUAAAGCUUACCAUAAAUUCAGAAUCGCUUGCUACUACUUCGUGUUGGGUGUAGAACGGUAUCAUGAGAGUAAAGUAGAAGAGGCGGUGGAUUUACUCUCUACAUCCUACAUCAUAAACCAGAAUCUCAUUGAGGAUACACAAACAGGAACAGGAAAUGAGGACAAGGGCAUGAAUAAACGAGGUCUUGUAAAAUAUUUCCACCUGGCGGUUGAAUCUUUAAACUCGAAACUAGUUGAAGAAUUCGAGAGAGGAAGUAAUCCUUCGCAGGUUGCUGGGUUUGUGAGCAGGGUUCUGGUUCCAGCGAUUAAUAUCCUUCAAGCUAGAACUAAUAGCUCAGCAGAUAGUGGUGGACGGGAUGGUGCUGUACUGGAGGGUGUCCGGGGUAGAUGGUGUACACUACUAGAUAUACAGAUGCCAGCUGAUAAACAUGAUUAUCUUAUAUCUAUAUUCAAUACUGUAGUUCCGGACGACAACUCAGUUGUAAUCAAGCAGCCCACCAUCAAGAUAUAUCCUAAAGAAGCUGCAGAUCUCAAGCUAGCAAACAGUUAUAAAGCUAUCAUGCAGACGGUCCUUGCAGAGGAAAACUAGCAGAUCUAGAACAGUUAGUACUAGCAGAUCUAGAACAAUUGGCAGAUUCAGCAGAACUAGCAGAUCUAGAGAAGUUGGCAGAUUCAGCAGAAUUAGCAAAUCUAGAACAGUUAGCAAAUUAAGCAGAACUGGCAAAUCUUGAACAGUUAGCAGAUUUAGCGGAACUAACAGAUCUAGGAGGGUUAGCAGAUUUCUUCUAAUUCUGCGAUAAAAGUCUGUUUAUUACAGAAAAUUUCUAAUACCUUCAAUUUAAUCCAAGGAUUGUAUUACAACUAAUAUCUUGGAAUGAAAAUGUGAUUAAUUAUAUCCCCGUGUACAUACCUUUUCUUGUACAGUGUACAGUUGCAAAUCUUGGCGUUGUUUAACUAUAUAUUUAACAUUCAGGUUUCCUUGUUAAAAUGCUUUUUUCCAAAAAUAAAAAUUAGAAAACUUG